UGUCUAUUUAGAGAUGGCAAAAAUUACACGACGUGCCGCUGCCGCGUCGUCAUCAACGUUGUCGUCGAUAAAAUCAACUACAUCAUCGGACACUUCAAGGUCAUCAACAGCAACGAGUUCUUCCACUUCAAAGGCUUCCAAAUCGACUGUUAAGGCAAGUGCAACAAUAAUAAAAACAACAACAAAUGCCAAUCAAAUUAUCAAUGGCGUUAAGCCAGCACGUUUGGCUGCAACGGAUAUGUUGGACAAACUGGCCAUGCCACUCAUUGCAUUUACUGAUCCUCCUACACUUCGCAAAAAUGGCGGCAAUGCAGCUCGCGCCAAACAAUUUGCGACAAAUGGGAAUAGCGGCGCCUUACCUAACACGAAUACAACGACGACGACGACUGGUACCGCAUUCGUAUACGACGGCACAAAUGAGCCCAUGCAAUAUACGGGCAAGGGCCGUUACAAUAAAAGUCUGAUUGAGCGGCAAAUUGAGCAGCAGGAGUUCUAUGCCACCUACGACGUGAUGACUGGUGUACGAAUUGCCGCGACGCUGAGUGGAUUUUUCGGAUUUUUGGUAUUUCUUAUAGUUUGGAAGAGUCGCAGCAGUUCCAAUGAGACAAUGAAAGUGCUGAAGGAUCCCAAAAUGGCUGCUGUAGCCGCCGUCUGCAUGCAAGAGGAAGAGGAGCGUGAAAUUCAGGAGGCCAUGGUUGCAACUGGCAUGUCGAUAUACCCCGAUGAAUACGAUGCUAUUAUCUAUCGUCGACAACGAUUACUAUCCUUGGGCAAUGUCAGCGCGCCACCAAUGUUAAAUCGGGGAUAUCGCUUUUCCUCAGUGGAAGAUAUUCCUGCUUAUGAAACUAUAGGUGGUGGUGGCUACAGCAGCCUGCUGGAGCCACCUCGACGAUUUUCCUAUUCGGCAACUUCUGGCGUGGGCAGCUUUACCGCAGGACGCCGGAAAAGUGGCUCCGAGUCGUCACGUAUUCUAAGUAACUAUCCGAUGGGCAGCAGUUUCGGGAAUGAAGAUUACUUUAUUGAAACAGAAGACGAACUCGAGUGCACCGACUACCCACGUAGUGGGACACGGCUCGACGAACUUGCUGACAUGCCGAAACGCACCGAUUCAACGAAAAGUAAACGUGGGUUUCUAGAGGUACCGCCUGCGGGUCAGGACUCGCGACGUAGCAGCGCAAUGACAUGUUGCAGUACUGAAAGCUCAUACUUGGAACGACGCUGUUCAGCGUUCACCUUAGGUUUGGGCAACUUGCCGCCGACACUUCAACGAAAGCUAUCAACAACCUCACGUGCAUCGAGUACUGAUAAUUGGGACUACUACUAUCCGGAUAUACAGGUCAUACAGCCCACACCGAAACCAUCCCCUUGUCCGUCGGAGCGCAGUCUCUACGAACAAUUGCAGGCGCACGCGAAUGGCACUGUGACCACGUGCGGAAAAGUGUCUGAGAGGGACGCACAGCCACAGUCACAGCCAUCAAAAACAUCCGUGGCUACCAUCACCACUCAUAGCAAAACUGGCACUACAAAUACGGUGAUAAGUGCUGAUCGAAAAGUAGCGAACGCACACACCGAGGCACAGAAGUUUGUACGCAAACACAGCAUAGCCUACUACGAUCCGGAAAGCGCGCAAGCCGGGCGCAAACAAGAAAUUCACUCAAUCAGCGCCGAUACGGUGGACAUAUAUCCCUACAAUCAACACCUUUUCGAAAACAGAGGUUUGAUUGGUUUCAGUGAUGCCGGAUCGGUCUUCAAGUCAGGGCCACAACCAGCGACGCCCUCCACUAGCGCUGCCUACGGACAUCAUUACACCGACUCGCCUACGGAGGAUUCCCGUGGCAGCCUGCGUGGAAAGGUUGCAAUAAUCGAGCUGCAACGGCUCGCCUACCCGACCGAGCAGAUGACGCCGCCAUCAAUGCAAGAGCACAAUAACAAUAGCUUUCCGUAUACCAGUUCCGCCGCCGCCAUAGCAGCCGCUACCGCUGCAGCAGUUGUUACCGCCAACUCCAGUAGCAUAAGCAUCGAUAGCACGCCCAUCAGCUUGGGCAAACUAAAUGGUAGUGGCAGCUUGGGCACCAUAUCAGCGAAAGCGCUCUUCAAUGUAGAAAAACGCGCGCCGCUCGCCUCUCUUAGUUCCUUCAAAAUCUCGUCACUAGAGUAUCAAGACUCCGAAGCCCGCUCAGUAGACGAGGACUCCGUGUUCCUGGAUAGUGUAGCCGACACAGAUGAGGAUAUGCAGCAAUUGAGCAGCGACAGCGAGGAGGUCAGUUUCGGCGAACACGAUCCGAAUAGCAUGCGCGAGAAUGUAGCGCUCGUACCGACACAAAGUGGAGGUGGUGGCGGCGGCAGCUCAAACGAAGCUUCAGUAGCUGUACAUCCCGCAUCGCAACCACUCAAGUAUCCCAUCGAAAAGCGCUAUAGCCUGGGCGCUGGAUCGAGUAUGGCUGGUACGAAGCUAGCACGCGCGCGUCGCCCACUUCUACAACGCCACCGCACAAUCAGCAUUCCUUCCAGUGAUCGUGUAGCGCUGAUCGGACAUCAGUUAAGGGAGUUUCCCCACACAGGCAGCGGCAGCCAGACGCCGACCACAAUCGCUGAAUCGGUGCCACUCGAGACGCAUUUUGGUUCGUUUAUUUGCACAAGCCUUUCGCCAACACAUCCACGCCGCGCGCAACUACUGCAACAGUACAGCGAUCCACAUAGUAUGCCAACCACUACGACAACCACAGAAGAUGAUACCUGCUCUACUUUGAAUACUGAACUUUGUGGUGGUGGUGGCGCCCAAGGACCCAGCGGUAGUGGCAGUGGUGGUGGCGGUGGCGGAGGUGGGGGUGGCUCUGCAACACUAACCGAACACAGCAGCUUAAAUACGGUAGUCAGCUUCGGUCGCUCAAGUCCGCUUACGGACAAUAAUCAGACGAGCGGUAGCCUUAGCGUUGGCGCAAGCGCUGCCGCAACCGCAGCCACUGCCACUCAGCGCUAUGCUAUAGAAACCCAGAAGGCUUCGAAAAAUCAAACGAAUACAACACAACCACAACUGCCAUGCUCCAGACUCUAUGAUGACCCUUGUGCCUCCUCGGUCUCAGACUCGAUGCUCAUCACUACAACAACGCGACAGCCAAUUAUUUGCAUGCCCGCAUCACUGAAAAACCUCAUCCUACGCGGCGCUGGAUCCGGCUCCGGAAACGUCACCGCCACCGGCACUAGCUCUACAACUACAGCAGAAAGGCUGUCAGACUCUCCCAACGUUUUGGUGAGUAGAAGUGCUACCAAUUUGAGCUUGCAAGACCCCAAUGCCCGCAGUGGCGAAGAGGAGACUUGCCGCUCGGUUAUGCUGGAACUGCCUCUAAUAAAGUUACCUACCGAUGAGAGUUCAGACAGUUCAUCGGCAUCGGAGGAUGUUGAACGUGCGCGUAGUAAAAGUGACGAAUCACGCGAACCCAGCAUGGCGGGUAACAAUCGGAAAUGGUCGAAGGAGACGCUGUUCUAGCUAGGAUCGAAAUCACAAAGUUUGAUCUUUAAAAUGGGCUGAGCGAACAGGGACCAGGGAUGGAACACUUUACGAAAACGAAAGUUCUAAGUUAGAUCAAAAGUGAGAUGAAGUAAAGAUAUGGCAUCCUGAUUGAACUCUUCGCCUGUCCGGUUAAGGAAUUGCAUUUGCUGUUGUGACACAAAGUUGGCACAAAAACUUUUUACAGGAGCUUAGUACGUACUAGAUUCUCAUCACGAAAACGAUCAGAAAAAGAACUAAUUAUAAUUGCAAUGUAAGAAUUUAGCGUAGAGUUUAAAUUGAAAAUAAAUAUUUACAUUUGUAAGUGAAAAAGAAAAAUAAAAAAGAACACAAACAAUACAAAAACAAACGGGUGAACUUAAUAGCAUUUCGUGAGCAAUUUAUGCGAUUCAAAUUGUUAUUUGUAUUUGGUAAAAAAAUAAUUACAAAAAAAGUAUACUUAACGAUGGAUUAUUAAAAACCAUAUACAAGAAAUAAAUAAUAAGUGAAUAAUUCACUAGCUUUAAAGAUUACGUUACAAAAAGAAACAACAUGUCAACUGAAAGAGGGUAAAUGCGAAUUUUACUAAAAUCGAACUGGCCAUUAAUUUAGCCAAAAAGCCAGUGAGUAAUACCAAGGACCUGAUAAGCUGAUAAGCUGGCCAAAAUUUCACAUACAUUGUAUUAGAGGUCAGAGAGAAUUGUGUUUCAAGAACGCCUCAAAGAAUCUUAAAUGUCUGAAGAUCCUGUUAUCAUCGAAAUAAACUUCAUAAACUUUCUGAUUUAUCGUAGAAGAAACUAAUUU